ACAGGAUUAUGUUGAGGUUGUUUUUGAGAAGGACUUUCUUCGAAAUUCCUAAAUGAAAACUAAACUAUUAUUUUUCAAAUGGCUACAGACUAAGCUGCACAACAGAGGUAAGACACAUUGGAGAUAUUUCCGAUCUGUGGACCAGUGGAAAUGGGUUCCUCUGUUUUAUGUAGAGCAGGGAUCUUGAGAGGAGUCUCCUGCAUGCUUCUGCUGCUCUUGCUUUUCUGCUUUGGAGGUAAAUGUGAGGUCCAAGAGUCAAAACCUUCACCGCCAACCAACCUCCAACCUGUAGAGAAUGAAUUCAACCAGCCCCAGGCGUACCCAGAGGAGGAGAGGGCCAACCUCCCUAUGUUCACCAUGGACUACCCCCGGAUCCAGAUCCCCUUUGAGAUCACUCUGUGGGUGCUGCUGGUUCUUUACAACAUGUUUUCCUUUCUGGCCGACAUGCCAGUUGUUGAAUCCACUGAUGUGUUCCUGGGGGUGGCCAGGUUCUUCAUCGUGGCGGCUGGAGGCAUCCUCUUCGGUCUCCUGUUUGGAUUUGUGGCUGCGUUCACCACAUGCUUCACCCACAAUGUGCGCCAGAUCGAGCCCCUCUUUGUCUUCAUGUACAGCUACAUGGCGUAUCUGGUGGCAGAGUGUUUCGCCAUCUCCAGUGUGUUGGCCAUCAUCACAUGUGCCAUCACCAUGAAGCACUAUGUGGAGGAGAACGUAUCGCAGAGAUCCUGCACCACCAUCCGCCAUGUGGUCAAGAUGCUGGCCACCGUCUCCGAAACCCUCAUCUUCUUCUUCCUGGGUGUCGUUACGAUAACCACGGAGCACGAGUGGAACUGGGCCUACAUCGUGUUCACGCUGCUGUUUGCCUUCAUCUGGAGAGGGCUUGGCAUCCUGGUGCUAAACCCUCAGAUCAUCAACCCGUUCCGUACCAUUCAGUUCACCUUCAAGGACCAGUUUGGCCUCGCCUACGGAGGCCUGCGAGGGGCACUCUGCUUCGCCUUGGUCUUCACCUUGCCCCGUAACAUCAACAGGAAGAACCUGUUCGUCACAGCGUCCAAUUGCCUUGUCAUUAUAUUCCACAGUGUUCUUACAGUGCUACACCACAGUUCUGGGGGAAUUUCUUCAAUGGUGUUGAGAGCCAUUCUUACCACCUCUGAUGAGACCCUGAACCAAUGGUACUGGUUCUUUGGAUACAUCUCCCACGUCGAUGUCUCUCGCACCAUACUGAAUGUCUGUGUGGUGAUUGGAUACAACCUGUCCUUGUCGCUAGGCACUGAUUUGCCCUUUUUUAUUGUUGUUUUAAAAAAACGAUUUCAGGGCAUCAGCAUCCGUCCCAUAGUAGAAUAUAUGAACAUCCGGAAAACCAACAAAGACCUGAACACCAUCAACGUAGAGGUUCAUUCCAGGAUGAUGGAGCACGUUGUUUGUGGUAUUGAGGACCUUUGUGGACAAUGGAGCCAUUAUUACUGGAAAGACAAGUUUAAGAAGUUCAAUGACCGUGUUUUGAGGCGCAUCCUGGUCCGAGACAACCGGGCUGAGUCCAGCAUCGUGGCUCUGUACAAGCGAUUGGAGCUGCAGAACGCCAUUGGGUUACUGGACUCACCAAUGGGAGACCUCAGUGCAGCGCCAUCCAUCGUCUCUCUGUACGACGAGAGGAAGGAAGCGUCUCGGCCUAAGAGGAAGUUCCUGGCUGGUGACGUGAGGAAAAUGCACGACAUCCUGUCAAAGAACAUGUACAAGAUCAGACAGAAGACGAUGGCGUACACCAACAAAUACAAUCUGCCCGACGACACCCGAACCAAGGAGAUUCUGAUUCGCCGCCAUGCGAGCAUCAGACGCAGCCUGCGUGCUGAAAGUUUCCGUGAACCGUCUGCACAGAACACCUUCAAGUCUCAAAAGUACUACUCCCUGCAGCCUGGUGGUAGUCUGGAGACUGCCUUUGAACUAAGAAGAAGAAGUAAUGGUGCUGACGUGGACCUAUCCGCCCGACCACAGUCCUCCGAUGUGUCUACACGCUCCUCAUCCCGCUCUUUACUCCCCAUGAGGAGGCUGAACACCAUCAAGGAGUCUGGAGGAGCAGUGGAGCCGCCUGCUGUUCCCCCCCACCCACACACAGAUCAGAUAGACGGAGAUAAAGACCCCCAUGAACCCAUGCAACCUCCCCAGCUACCACCACCGGGUGGCUGGGUACGGGAGAACCAGAAUGGGGAAGGAAACCCCCUACUCAGACACCCGUCACAGGGGUCUCGUGGGUCGCCUGCUACCCAGGGCCGUUUCUUCCUAUAGGCGGACUAUGCGGGG